GAUGUUGUAGGUAGCUGUUGCGCCGAAUGUAAGCAACUUUGUUGAGCAAAUAAGCAGCAUGCGGCUUCGAACGGCUUCAAUCGGGAGGGGAUUCUCGGACGCUGCAACAUCAACAUUAGCAACAGACAAGUUAGAUGAAUGCCGGCAAUGAGCAAUUUGUUUUCGGAGAACAUUCAGCUAUAUUCGUUGGGUAUGGUAGUAGCUCAAAAUCUCCCUUUACAUCGAACUGGUUGUGGCCAAGUGAACUCUGCUCAACUCCAUGCAAGAGUCUGUAAUUUGUCAACCCAAAAUAAACCAUGAGGCACUCAAUAUUCAGCAUAGUGCUAGGUGUGAUAACGCUGUCGACCACCCCAGCUUCUUCCCAGCGAGAUGUGUUCCGAUUGUUCGAAAACUGUCGGUGGGGAAAGCCCAAUUUCGAUCCCUGCAUCAAAAAGGCCUUCAACGCCCUCAGGCCUUGGUUCAAAACUGGCCUCCCGGAGUACAACGUAGCUCCAUUCGACCCGCACAAGGCAUCUGUAGUGGAACAGUACCGAGGGGAUCGAGAUGGACUGGCCGGCUAUCAUCUUCAGCUUUUGAACGUGUCCGAAUAUGGGUGGACCGAAUCGGAGGUCACCAAGUAUAAGACGGACUACAAAAACAAUCGCAUCAUCUACUCGCAGUACUUCCCGGAAAAGUCCUUGGAUGGCCACUACAGCUUCCAGUCGAAAAUGCUCGGCCAGUCUAGACUGACGAAAGGCAGCUGGAACCUGACGCUGUACGAUUACAGUCAAACGACGACCGUGACGAGGCUGGGCGAACAGGGUGGACUGCUCAAAGUGCGCGUUGAGAUCGACCGGAUCGGCGAUAUGAAGCUGCACAUCUCCGAUCUUUUCCAUGGGGCGAAAUUUGUUGAAUCCAUCGCCGACUUUGUCAUCAACGCCAUGUGGCAGCCAAGUUUCCCCUUCGUAAAACCGCUGAUCAACGAUCUCGUCAGUAUAGCAUUUACGGACAUCUUCAACGAAUCCUUCCGAUAUUUCCCAUUGGACAAGGUGAUACAAUAGAAAUAAGGGAGGGGAGCUUUCUUUCCGGGGACUGAAAUAAACGCUUCUGAUUAAAUCGAAACAAGUUUUGUUUUUCUUUGAUACGGUUCCCUUCUCAUCGUGGUUACAUUUUAUUGUCCGGGUGCAAACUUUAACAAACUAUUUUGAGUACCUUCCCUCCGUUGCACGUAAUCAUUUCACAUUACUUCUCAUAUCGACUUUGGUAAAAUUUUGAGUAUUUGCACGCAUCUGUUAAUGGACAACUUGAGAGCUAUGAUUCAACACUAUCUUCGGGGGUUUUAUUGUCUGUUACAAUCCUGAUCGUUGCUAUUGUUAUGUGUGUGCGAUUAUAAUUGUAUCGCGAAAAUAUGUUUCCCUUCUAAGAGAUGAAUAAAAUCCUAUGCACGAUACAACAUU